AUUCACAAUUUUCAAUAUUUCUCGAAUCAAAGUUGUUUCAUUUGCAAUCAAUAUCUUAUCAGGAAAUCUUCACAAUGAUUUAUGCAAUGGUCUCCCAAUACUCAAAAGGCUUUAUCUAUCACGAAACAAGCUUCAUGGUCAUAUGCCUAUAAGCUUGUCAAAUUGUUCAAAACUUCAAAUAUUGUCUCUAUCCGAAAAUUAUUUUGAUGGACGAAUACAUAGUGAAAUUGGAAGAUUGAGUAACUUGCAGACAUUGAAUCUCGGAUAUAACCAUUUCACAGGGAUAAUUCCACAAGAAAUUGGAUAUCUUGUUAAUUUGGUGGAGUUAACAAUGGAGAAAAACCAGAUUACCGGCUCUAUCCCGAUCUCCAUAUUCAAUAUCUCCUCGUUGCGUUUUGUUUCACUAUGGAGGAACAAUCUCAAGGAAUCCUUACCACGGGAGAUUGGCAACUUAACCAAGAUGCAAGUUUUAUAUCUUAACGAAAAUAGGUUUGCUGGUGAAAUACCCAAAGAGAUAAGAAAUCUCGUUGAGUUGGAGAAACUUGGUCUUCACUUUAAUAGUUUUAGUGGUUCACUUGAUAUGGAGAUGUUCAAUAUAUCAGGGAUGAGAUCAAUUGAUCUUUCAGCCAACAAUCUAUCAGGGACCAUCCAACCAAACAUAGGUUCUAUCUUACCCAACAUUGAAGAGCUUUAUCUGGAUCGCUUAACCAAUCUCGUUGGGACUAUUCCUUAUUCUAUCUCCAAUUGUUCAAAGCUUACUAUUCUAGAGCUUUCAUACAACAAACUCACAGGAUUGAUUCCCAAUUCUAUUGGAUAUUUGACUCAUCUACAGUUCCUAAACUUGGCGGAAAACAAUUUAACCAGUGAUUCAUUUUUAAGCUUCCUCACUUCCUUAACCAAUUGCAGAAAUUUUAACAUCUCUUUAUCUAUCUUUCAACCCUCUAAAUGGCAUGCUUUCCCGGGUCUCCGUAGGGAACUUCUCCAUAUCUCUUGUAAAUUUUCAUGCCACUGCUUGCAAGAUCAACGGCCAGAUUCCAAAUGA